GACGUCAUGACGAGUGAGGCAUUCGAUGCGUUACGGAUGCAGUGCUGCUGAGGUAAAAGAAUACACACGACUUGGGAAUUGCAGAAUUGUUUAAAAAACAAUUCCUUAUCGACGUUCUAGGGAGCCAUGGAGGGAGAAUCAUCCGAGCCGUGUUACAACGACACUCCUGGACGGGUAACUAUAUGUUGCUUGAAAAAGCUUAUUUCUGAGAAAAACAUCCAACUCUUUGAUGUGAGAAGCCGAGAAGAGAUCAUGCAGUCUGGCGAGAUUCCCAUGGCUGUGAAUAUCCCACUUUCUGACAUCGCGUCUGCGUUCAGCCUGACACCUGAGAAAUUUGAACAGACCUACCGCGUACCGAUGCCAAAGAAAACAGACAAUAAUAUUGUUAUUCAUUGUCGAUCGGGUAGACGUGCAGAAAGAGCUAUGGAAAUAUUGAGAGAGCAUGGAUUUACUGGAACCCAUAACUUCACAGGUGGUUGGACAGAAUGGCAAGAAGCGAUGAAGAAAAGCGCAGAAAUGGCUCUCUCCACUGUGUCGUAGUCAUAUAAAUGGAGGGCAAGAGAGCUGAAUAAAAACAAUUAAUGAAAACAAUUUAAAAAAUAAUAAAAUUAAGGCGAUUUCUUU